GGAAGGAGAACGUGGGAGCCUGGGCAGGAGAGGGUCAGAGCUGCAUCUAUAGAGAGACACCAGUUUGUAGUUACUCUGAUGAUGUAUUAGCUUCCCAGGGCUGCUGUAAUAAAGUACCACAAACUGGAUGGCUUAAACAACAGAAAUUUAUUGUCUUACAGUUUUGGUGGCUAGAAGUCUAAAGUCAAGGUGUCAGCAGAGCCAGUUCUUGCUGAGGACUCACUCUUUGGCUUGUAGAUGGCCGUCUUCUCUGUCUCUUCUGAUCAUCUUUCUCUAUUCAUGUCUGUGUUCAGAUUUCUUCUUCUUAUAAGAACAUCAGCCAUAUUGAUUAGUGACCACCCUAACAAACUCAUUUUAACUUGAUAGGCUCUGUAAUAACCGUAUCUCCAUAUAGGGCCCCAUUCUGAGGUACUGAAGGUUAGGACUCCAACAUAUGAAUUUUGGAGGGGACACAAUUCAGCCUGUAGCAGAUGGGUUAUCAUGCUGGGCUUUAGUGCUUUUCAAGACCCACCCUGUGCCAGUAUGCCCACUCACCAACUGCAUCUGUCAAAAUGUAGGCUCCUUAAAGAAAUGAAAGCAUUAAAAUCACAUGUGAUGAUUGCCAUUUAUCCUCUUGUUGACAAACUUGUUCAUUUCCCUGAGAGAGUGUUUUGUGUGGUCUGAAGCACCUGCCAGUCUAUCCGUGCUGUACCCUCCCAAGACAAAAACACAGGAAGCCGAGCCAUAGGUGACCACUGGCAUCCACUGCCUUCAUGAUUUCCUCUUUGGUUUCUUCGGUUUUGUUCCCUUGCUUCACUCUGUGACUUGUCUGGACAUUCACUCUUUGACCCUUGUGGCUAGUCCCUCCCCUUCUUCUUUAUUGCCUGGAGUUAUCUCCCUAUUCCCAUAACUCUAAUCACUUCUUUCACAUUCUCCUUCAGUGAAGGAUGAGGAAAUUGAAAGCAGAGUAUGCAUGUUUUAUUAGGAGAUUCAGACGGCAUCCUACUGCAUUAGCCUCAAAAGUCCUAAAAUAUAAAGACAUCCAUCUGACAGAUCACUGAGGGGAGGACUUAUUUUUCUGUUUUAGAAGUUUCUGAUUAAACUUAUUAGCUCAAGAAGAAAAGAAGCUAGUUGUUUCUCACCCAGGAGUGGAUUUGUGGUUUGGCUUCACCAUGGCUUCUUGCCGUGCCUGGAACAUUAGGGUGCUGGUGGCUGUCGUGUGUGGGCUACUGACUGGCAUCAUUUUGGGACUGGGCAUCUGGAGAAUUGUGAUCAGGAUCCAAAGAGGAAAGUCUGCUACCUCAUCAAGCACCCCUACAGAGUUCUGCAGGAAUGGUGGAACCUGGGAAAAUGGCAGAUGUAUUUGUACAGAAGAGUGGAAAGGACUGAGAUGUACAAUUGCUAAUUUUUGUGAAAAUAGUACCUAUAGGGGUUUUACUUUUGCCAGAAUCCCAGUGGGCAGGUAUGGACCAUCCUUGCAAACAUGUGGCAAGGGUACUCCAAAUGCAGGCAAUCCAAUGGCAGUCCGGCUGUGCAAUCUCUCUCCAUAUGGAGAGAUAGAAUUACAAAAUGUGACAAUAGGAAAUUGCAAUGAAAAUCUGGAAACCCUGGAGGAGCAGGUAAAGGAUGUCACAGCACCACUUAAUAACAUUUCUUCUGAAGUCCAGAUUUUAACAUCUGAUGCCAAUAAAUUAACUGCUGAGAACAUCAGUAGUGCUACGCGAGUGGUUGGACAGAUCUUCAACACUUCCAGAAAUGCUUCACCUGAGGCAAAGAAAAUUGCCAUAGUAACAGUGAGUCAACUCCUAGAUGCCAGUGGAGAUGCUUUUCAAGGAGCUGCUGCUACUGCUAAUAAUGAUGCCCUUACAACGCUUAUUGAGCAAAUGGAGACUUACUCCUUGUCUUUGGGUAAUGAAUCAGUGGUGGAACCUAACAUAGCAAUACAGUCAGCAAAUUUCUCUUCAAAAGAUGCUGUGGGGCCUUUAAAUGUUCGCUUCUCUGUGCAGAAAGGAGCUAGCAGUUCUCUACUUUCUGGUUCAACAUUUAUACAUACAAAUGUGGAUGGCCUUAACCCAGAUGGACAGACUGAACUUCAGGUCUUGCUUAAUAUGACGAAAAGUAACAGCAAGGCAUGUGGCUUUGUAGUUUAUCAAAAUGACAAGCUUUUCCAAUCAAAAACUUUUACAGCUAAAUCAAAUUUUAGUCAAAAAAUUAUCUCAAGCAAAACUGAUGAAAAUGAGCAAGAUCAGAGUGCUUCUGUUGACAUGGUCUUUAGUCCAAGGUACAACCAAAGAGAAUUUCAACUGUAUUCCUAUGCCUGCGUCUAUUGGAAUUUGUCAACAAGGGACUGGGACACGUAUGGCUGUCAAAAACACAAGGGCACUGAUGGAUUCCUGCGCUGCCACUGCAACCAUACUACUAAUUUUGCUGUAUUAAUGACUUUCAAAAAGAAUUAUCAGUAUCCCAAAUCACUUGACGUAUUUUCCAACGUUGGAUGUGCACUGUCUAUUACUGGUCUGGCUCUCACAAUUGUAUUUCAGAUUGUCACCAGGAAAGUCAGAAAAACCUCAGUAACCUGGGUUUUGGUCAAUCUGUGCAUAUCAAUGUUGAUUUUCAACCUCCUCUUUGUGUUUGGAAUCGAAAACUCCAAUAAGAACUUGAAGACAAGUGAUGGUGACAUCAAUGAUAUGGACUUUAACAAUAAUGAUGUACCCCAGACCGACACCAUUAACGACCCGAAUCCCAUGUGCACUGCAAUUGCCGCCUUACUGCACUAUUUUCUGUUAGUGACAUUUACCUGGAAUGCACUCAGCGCUGCACAGCUCUAUUUCCUUCUAAUAAGGACCAUGAAGCCUCUUCCUCGGCAUUUCAUUCUUUUCAUCUCAUUAAUUGGAUGGGGAGUCCCAGCUAUCGUAGUGGCUAUUACAGUUGGAGUUAUUUAUUCUCAGAAUGGAAAGAAUCCACAAUGGGAGUUAGACUACCGGCAAGAGGCAAUCUGCUGGCUGGCAAUUCCAGAACCUGAUGGUGUUAUAAAAAGUCCACUGUUGUGGUCAUUCAUCGUACCUGUAACCAUUAUCCUCAUCAGCAAUGUUGUUAUAUUUAUUACAAUCUCGAUCAAAGUGCUGUGGAAGAAUAACCAGAACCUGACAAGCACAAAAAAAGUUUCAUCCAUGAUGAAGAUUGUUAGCACAUUAUCUGUUGCAGUUGUUUUUGGAAUUACCUGGAUUCUGGCAUAUCUGAUGCUAGUUAAUGAUGAUAGCAUCAGGAUCAUCUCCAGCUACAUUUUCUGCCUUUUCAACACUACACAGGGAUUGCAAAUUUUUAUCCUAUAUACUGUUAGAACAAAAAUCUUCCAGAGUGAAGCUUCCAAAGUGUUGACGUUGCUAUCGUCUAUUGGGAGAAAGAAGUCAUUGUCUUCAGUGACUCAGCUGAGGCUGCGUGUAAGGAUGUAUAACUUCCUCAGGUCAUUGCCAACCCUAAAUGAACACUUUAGGCUACUGGAAACCUCUCCGAGUACUGAGGACAUCACAGUCUCUGAAAGUGAUAAAGCAAAGGAAAGCAUCUAGACGGUAAAACUUACCUGUUGUCUUUUUAAUCAACUCGUUUGAGUUUUAUCUGUUUCUCUCCUUUAUUUCCCAGUCAUCUCAGAAAGUCUUCCUCAAUGUAUUUUGCUUAGGAUUAAGAAUUAGAUAAAACCUGUUGUUUAUUAUUAUUCAGGAUAAUGGACUUGGUAGUUUUUCUGUUUUUCAAUAGAUUUGUACUUGAAUGAGGUGAAGAAUUUCACAUGACAUACAAGAGUACCAUUGUUCCUUAUAUCGUUAAAUCUUUGUGACACACUUUGACAAAAAUGUAGAACCUAUAACAAAUUCUUUUACAAGUUACUAAAAAGGACACAAAGAGAAAAAUUUACCUUCCAGAACAAAAUGAUUCCUGAUUAACAGUGUUUGGGGAUUUGCUUGUAUGUAUUAAACUUUUGACCUCUGAAUAUUUUAGAGUUGUAUGUGCUUGUACUUUUAUUUCCAAUGAAGAAUUUGGCACCAA